AUGGUAGAAGUUCAAGAUAUAGAAAGUGGUAUUGAUAAAGAAAAUCGUAAUGUAGGUGACGAGAGUGUAGAAGGUCAAAAUAUAGAAAAUCAAGUUUUAGAAGGUGUUUAUUAUUCAAAAAGUCCAAGAAUUGAAGCUCAAUAUAAAUCAAAAGGAUGA